AUGAUCUCUAGGGUGUCCUCCUUUGGCAGAUAUUUGCUUGUUCCUCUACUACGACGAGAACUCGGCGACUGCCACUUCCCCUCCAGUCCGCUCUUGGGGAUCUUGGUGGAUGGGAGCAAGACGCUCCAUGCAGCUGGGGUCUUCAAGCCAGAGGUCAAGACACCCUUCCUGGAUAAGGACAGAGGCAAUGCCUUGUUCUAUGUGGGCGCUGAGCGUGCUCAAGAGCUACAACGCUUCCGAGCUGCGGAUGACCUUCGUCUACAGGACAGGGGCAACAGGGGCGACAAGGGCGACAGGAGUGGAGUCCGAGCCCAUCGGCGACAGGAACAGUUCGCAGCAUCCUUUCACUACCGUGUCAAACCAUGCCGAAGGUGCCGCCGGCUCGGAUUUUAG